AUGCCUUUGCUCACUUGCUUUGGAAAUGCAGGGUCCAGGGUUGUAAAUCUGAUCCUUGCUUUGCUGCUAGCAUUGCAGCAGAUCCGACUGGCUCCUUGCCAAGGACACUACAGGGAUUGCAUGAUGGUCAUACCUGGCAAGAUUCAGGUCACAAUGCCAAAGUCAUCAAACUCUUCUGAGCCACCACGAGGAAACAAGUACACCCUGAGAGUAGCACUGAAGAAGGUUGAGUACUUUUCUGACAGCAGCAGUGAGGAGACUGAAGAGCACCAUGCUCACUCAUCCGCUUCAGAAUCGGAGGCAAAGGAGCCUCCGGUGGUCCCAUCUAGUGAUUCUGAGGAGGAGCCGCCACCAAAUGAAUUUAUGCAGAGAAGAGCCAAGAACAUCGAGGAUAACAAAGCCAUGCUGGCCAAACUUAUGGCGGAUUUGGAGAAAUUGCCAGGACACCUUGAGCCAGAUUCCAAUAACCAGAACCACGGGGCUCCGAAGUACACAAGACGUUCCAGAGGGUCGCUUGUAGCCGCUGAGCCAAGGAGGAACCCAGAACGUGUUGCUCGUCGUGUGACUCGCUCUAUGGGACCAGUGAUGCCCUCCUCACCAGAUAAAGACCAUGAUUAUCAGAGCCUGGAGGAUCAGCUAUUGAAAGAAAGAGAACCAAUAAGAAGGCGGCGCAGCAGUCGGCUUAGUACCCAUACUAUUCCUCAUGUGAUUCGUCCAGUAGAGGAAAUUACUGAGGAUGACUUGAAGAACGUGGCUGACAAUGUGAAGGAGAAAGUGUACAACACAGUGCAUGGUUCUACCUGCCAUCAAUGCAGACAGAAAACCAUAGACACAAAGACAAACUGUCGCAAUGCAGAGUGUCGAGGAGUCCAAGGACAGUUCUGUGGUCCAUGUUUGAGGAACAGAUAUGGAGAAGAUGUACGGAAAGCUCUUCUAGAUCCUGACUGGACCUGCCCCCCUUGCAGAGGGAUCUGUAACUGCAGUUUUUGUCGCCAGAGGGAUGGUCGUUGUGCUACUGGUAUUCUGUUUCCUUUAGCACGGUAUCGUGGCUAUAGUGAUGUCCAUUCCUACCUUAACAGUUUGCAGAAAACAAACAAUGAGCAAAGUGAUGAAGACUCUCCUUAG